UCAUAUGAUCGCAGACUCUUAAUCCACUUCCUCAAACUUUAAAACUACCAGUGUGUCCGGUCCAGCCGGAUCACGCUCAUUUUCCAGCAAGCCUCCCCUGUGCAGGAAAGCAAAGCUGCUGAACGGCAGCGGUGGCUUCGUGUAGCACCAGGCCCGGCGCUGUGGUGUCUCAAUGGCAGACCUGAGGAUCAGAGCUGGUGCGACCAGAAGCCCACAGAGAGGAGGCGGACACUCCGCUGCCUUGUCCCUGGUCACGCUGCUGUCUGCGCUGCUCACCUGCGGCGUCAGGUGUGCAGAAAGCGACAAACCGAGCAACAUUAUCCUCGUGCUUGUCGACGACCAGGAUGUUCAGAUAGGUGGGAUGACACCAAUGAAGAAGGCAAAAGCCUAUAUAGGAGACGAAGGAGCAACAUUUGUGAAUUCUUUCACAGUCACGCCACUGUGCUGCCCCAGCAGGAGCAGUAUUUUGACAGGUCGAUACCCUCACAAUCACGAGGUGAGAAACAACUCCCUCAACGGGAACUGCUCCAGCCUUCAGUGGCAGAAAGGCCCCGAGGCAGAGGCCUUCCCCACCUACCUCAACAAACUGAAAUACCAGACAUUCUUUUCUGGGAAAUAUCUUAACCAGUAUGGUAGCAAAGCAGCAGGAAGUGUUGGCCAUAUUCCACCUGGCUGGGACCAGUGGCAUGCACUGGUGGGAAACUCUCAGUACUACAACUACACUCUGUCAGUCAAUGGGAAAGAAGAAAAGCACGGUGACAGUUACGAGGACGACUACCUCACAGACCUCAUACUGAACCGGUCUCUUCACUUCCUGGAUGACAGGAGCCCUCAACAUCCGUUCUUCCUGAUGCUGUCCCCUCCAGCUUGUCACUCCCCCUGGACUGCAGCGCCUCAGUACCAGAAAGAGUUCAAGGAUGUCCAGGCCCCUCGAGAUGGCAGCUUUAACAAGCCAGGGAAGGAUAAACACUGGCUGCUGCGCCAACCUCCUAAUCCGAUGCCAAACAGCUCAAUCACUUUCCUGGAUAAUGCAUACAGGAAAAGGUGGCAGACCCUGUUAUCUGUGGAUGACAUGGUGGAGAAGCUAGUGAAGAAACUUGACAGUAUAAAGGAGCUAAACAACACCUACAUCUUCUACACUUCAGAUAACGGCUACCACACAGGUCAGUUCUCGCUGCCCAUUGAUAAGAGGCAGCUCUAUGAAUUUGACAUCAGGAUUCCGCUAAUGGUCCGCGGUCCUGGCAUAAAAGCCAAGCAGGUGCUGCAGGCUCCAGUACUGAAUAUAGACCUGGCUCCCACCAUACUGGACAUAGCUGGAGUCAAUCUGUCGUCUGUGAAUGUGGACGGGCAGUCUUUCCUCGCUCAGAUGGCUCCUUCAUUGCGUAAUGGCACUGCACGACCAUACUUCCUUGUUGAGUACACUGGAGAAGGACAGCCAACGUCAGACCCUACUUGCCCUAAAUUAGGUCCAGGAGUAUCUCAAUGUUUCCCAGACUGUGUUUGUGAAGACGCCUACAACAACACGUACGCCUGUGUCAGAACUCUGGACAGCAAAAUGAACAUGCAGUACUGUGAAUUUGCAGACAGUGAGUCGUAUGUAGAAGUCUAUAACCUGACGUCGGACCCGCAUCAGCUGGAGAACAUCGUGAAGAAGGUGGAUCCCUCCAUCCUGCAGAUCAUGAACCAGCGGCUCAUAAAGCUCCAGUCCUGCAUGAGUGACAGCUGCCGGGAUUACAAGCAAAAAUAAGACCGCCAAAGAAGCUGCCAAACGAUGACCACACCAAAGUCUGAAAGGAGGGUGGGAUCAGUCUGUCCAAAUUUUUACAUAUAUGAGAUGAGAUUCUGACAGGAAAAAAAAAACAUGGUUGACAAAUACAGUGACUGGUGGCUGUA